AGAAAAUGAUGCGUCACGAAUCGUCAAGUUUCGUCCUCAUUUCUCUUAUCGUUUGGGUUAUCUGUGUCUGUUUAAAAAAAAAUUGUCCAAUAACGUAACCCGUGUUAUUAGCAAACUAGCAAACGUGGCAGUUCCAAGGAAGUAAUUUCACGAACGUUUGUGAUAUUGUAAAUUUGAACGUCUCAUCGACAGUUCCAAUAUUAUAAUUACUAAAGUCUUACAUAAUUUCGAUAACAAACCCAUAAAAUUGAUUCCGGCGAAGAAUUCGCAAAAGGAAGUAAGAGAAAACGUGUUCUUGUUACUUCUUAAAAAGUUGUUGUGGCAAAAUACGAUAACAUAACAUUAUGUUAAUGAAAUGCUGUUAAUAGAGGCGCGUUAAAUCUCGAAUACAAUUUAUAUCUUCUAUCUCUAGCAGGCUGUUUAACAUUCUGUAACAUUAAACGAGCCGUUUUAUUAAUAAAAUAUCGAAGAAACCCACGUUCAAUCUGUUAUAAAUAAUAUAGUCAUCUGAUGAACGUAAACGUGGAAGACGGAAGCGUGCCUCACGGAUCAACGCGCAACGGGAAACCAUAAAAUGUCGAAAGAUACCGAAUUUUCAACCUUUACGUGAUUACCGAUUCCUGUUGGCCGAUCUCUGCGGAUUCUCACCGCUUUCAAAAUCGAAAUCAUUCGGCUAUUUAAAUUGCGGCAACUUUCUAACACCGCGGUCGGUUUUGAAACAUCGGAAGACAAACGGGUCAGUUUUAUCGCUCGGACAUCAUCUGCCAUAUUUCUCAUGACAUCGGUCAGGUUGAAGUCAGGAUCCUUGUUCCGAGAGUUUGGUUCUUCAUUAAGAAAUAAGGAAGAACUUUGACGUCAACACCAGACGAGGUUUUGCCUCCCACUAAAAUACGGUUUCACGGAUGGAUGUACUCGGCGCAGAUGCGACUUCUGGAAGGGUACGUCUCGUCGCCGGUGACGACCACGGCGACCACGGCGACGAGGAGGAAGCCAGGAACAGGUCGAUCAGUCAGUCCGUGAGAUGUCGUCGACACGAACGGAUACUUCUUGAAACCCUUGGUGUCGUCUGCGCGUGUGUGCCUGUUCGUAAGCAUGUGCAAACGCGUGCUGUCGUGAGCAGACCAACAAACGCAAAGCGUCCCACGGCGUUUCCAGCUGGCAGACUGCCGGUAGCUGUGCAACACCAUUGAUCCACCAGUUCCGUCGUCCAGGGUAUAAACGCUGAUCUUCGAGAACGAUAAGAGAGGCAACAUAGCGGCCAGACACGCUGUUAUCGUCGGAAAAGUUCUUCUCACAAGCGGCGAACGAGUUGAACCGGUGGCGCAUCGCAAACCUAGCCAGAGAACGCCACUGUUUCGAGGGAAUUUUUGGAGAACCGACAGAGAACGUGUCUCGCCUAACAAUCGUGCAGCUUUAACUCUUCAAGGGGAAAGUUCGACGUGGUUUUUACAUAGAAGACCUUGAAAGAGAAGCUGUUACAGCGGUCUAAGGUGACCCGGUAUCAUCGAACAUGACCCGAGGAUAUCUUUCAAAAUGAGACUGUUCGUGGUGCAACGAUUAAUCAGCGAUUCUUUGUCAUGCUAGUCGAGCCACGCAACUUUUCAUCGGCCAGAAAGCAGCCAGAAAACGCCGUCAGUCUCGGCCACGAAUCGAUAAAGCGGAGCGUGGUGCUUUUACGACGGCGGAGAGAUUCCAAAGUCUGACCAACCGGCUCUUCCUUUUCCGCUUUUACGAAGGGAAGAAAGAGCGUUAUCAAAAAUGUUAACCUGCUGGGUGUUGACCGGCGUCUUCGGGGCCAUUGUGUUGCUCUACGGCCUAAUAGAGGUUCACUACUUCUUGCGCAUGUUCUUCACCGUGCUGUUCGCGCGAUUCUGCAAGAAAAAGGCUCACAUCCUCGACGAGACUACCGUCUACGGUAUCUGCACCACGACGGACGUGGACACUCUCCUCUAUCACAUGAACAACUCGAGAUACCUUCGCGAGCUGGAUUUCGCCAGGGCAGACUUCUACGAACGGACGAACCUGUAUCGUGAAAUCUGCUCCCAAGGAUCGGGUGUCGUUCAGGGUGCAGCGACCAUUCGUUAUCGCCGCUUCGUGAAGCCUUUGUCCAUCUUCAAAAUAACUUCUAAGAUUAUCUAUUGGGACGAGAAGUCCGUGUUCAUGGAACAUCGGUUCAUUACACCGAGCGAUGGAUUCGUCAGGGCCAUCGCGAUCUGUAGACAGAAGCUUUUGGACUGCAGUGCUGAGGCUGUUAUCGGUUCUCUCAUGGAACGAGGAGUGAAGCAAAACGGCGUUGAAGCAGGUGUUACUCAGAUACCUCACGUGAGGCCACAAAUGCCACCAGAGGUUGCGAGGUGGUUGGAGAGCAACGAGAUCUCUUCGGCGCUUCUUCGUCAAGCUGCCGCGGCGACAACGAAUUGCUGACAAACAGACGAGACGCCGUCCUCAGCGAACGGCGUCGUUUCUACUUCCGUAUACGCGACCACGACUGUAUAAGGUCGAGAUUUCGUGCGUUCAGCGAGGCGCGCGUCUCUCCUCGCUUCCAACAUGUAGCCGAGUGUCUGUGAGCCCACUCGUGAAUCAAUUUUUACGGUGAAUGGGAUAUUAGUGAUCGCGUUAAGUUUAAAAGUUUUAUAUGGUUGUAAACUGGUCGACGAUCGAGUAAAGGAUUAAGGCGAACGACUGUGCUGCUUGAAACUUGAUGUCCGUCCGCCUGGAAAUUGAUUCAGCGUAGAUUUGUAACGCGACUCAGAGGUGUAAACACGUGGAAGAUGUUUUCGAAUGGAUUGGGAAACAAUGUUAUGUAUAUAGAGUACAAAAGACGCGGAACUAUUUUACUAGGCGACGGUUGUACGCUUCGAGUGACAACUUUCGAGCAAUUUGAUGCGUUUACGAUACGUAUGAGAUUCCGUGAUAUUCGGAAAUGCUGCCGGGCAACCGUGGAACGGCGUGCCAGUUCGUCGAACGAACAUUUGCGAUUCUAAUCGACGAUUUUACUGUCAAUGAGCUUCCAAAGCUUGAGCGGUCGUGUUUGUUGAAUAUUCGACGUUGAAAGUAAUCGCGAUGCGAUCAUUCGCAAUCUCCUUCUUUCUUUUUUUUUUUUUUAAAUUAUGGAUCGCGCGAUUGGCGUCGGUAAUGAGUCGUAUCGCGGGAACACGGUGAAGUGGCAGGAUGCGAAAAAUGCAAAAACAAUCGACUUAGAAGCGCGUCAAAGAGUAUUUAUACUUCUAUACACAGGUGCCUUUACAUACAAGUCACGAAUGGGUUAAUCCUCUUCCUGCGAUUAUUAUCGAGCACUCUGUGCCUGACAUUCGAACUCUUAGAACACCGGUACAUUAGCGGAGAAAUAAUAGAAAUAUUUCUGACAAAUUAGCGAAUUAAUUUUAACUAACAUCAACACCUUUUUAAGCAGGUGUCUGCUUAAAUCAACCUCAAUUUUAAGGUUCCCCAUUUUUUAUUGUAUUCGUUAGGAAAAGUCUGUUGUUCCCGUGUUGGAUCUACGUGAGCUUUGCGAUUAAUUUUGUAAUCAUUAUAUAUUUAUACAGCCUUCCGUUACCGACGCUAUUUGCACGCGCGAAUCCGUCGAAUGUAUUCCACCGAAUUUCGGAACGAAAUCGAGUACUGUAGUUUUGGUCAUUCAAUGUAGCCGACUAUGUAGCCAAUCUUGACAGCUAUAUAGCAUUGUGCACCUGAAAAUACUUUACCAUUACUUCUAGCUGAUAAAUAAUGUCAUGUUUGUCGAAAUAAUACUGUGUUGGUCGUGUCGUUGAAAAGGCACCAUUGUCCAGAAGAAUGAAUAAAUUAUCCCUUAGAUGGUUAAUGCGUUUCCGUUUCGUUUCUUUAAACAGCUCAAUCGGUUUUGGAAAAUUUCUAAUUAUGUAACUAUCGAGAAUAUAAAUCAGCAUGCAUAAUAACGUUUAUUUCAUGGAAACUUUACGAUCUUCUUAUAUACGAUAUGAAAAAAUAGUUCCAUUAACUUUCAGGAUGUUUACGUAGCCACGAAUACAUUAACGCAAUAUACGUUUCAAGUAAAGAUUAGCACUUUCACGUGUCA